UUGUACUGCAGACGACAUAAUUUUCUUAAGUCAUGAAUAAUAUUUAUGAAUUAUCUUUUUUGAGGUUUAUUAUGAAAACUAUCAGAUCUGAGAAGAACUUAAAAUAAAACCCAAGUGGAUUGCGGUUGGGAAGUAGGCAGGACAUGGUCUCUGAUGUUAGCGAUCGUCCUGAUGAAAGUGAUCUGUGUCAAUUAAUAUCUCCUGCAUAUCGACAGAGGACUUCUUGAGGGUAAUUAAGCAAUUUUGAUUAUUACCCGAUGAUAAAGAGAAGAAACAAAUGACAUUUUAAUUUUUUGCGAUAAUAUUCUUGAUAUUAACACGGAUUUUUCCUGAGGCUAUUUAAGGAAUACUUUAAUGGUAUGAUCAGUUAACGAGAUAAAGAAUUUAAUUACUGGUUUAUCUUGAAGAAAAUAUUUGAGAAAGUUUUAAAACGAAUUAAGAUCGUUAUCAUCGAGAAAUCUUAGGAACAUGUAUGUCUACCAGGGUGUGAAACGGACUAAAACCUGGCGACAUAUCCCGUAACUGUUAAAAAAAACUCUCUACCUGGGAGUUUAACUUAAUUAGGAAGCAGUUGAUAUUUUUACGAACCAAAAGGGAUAAUUUACUUCUUAAUUUACAUCUUUAAGUAUAUAGUUUACGUGGUGUGUUUUUGUAACUUUAUUACAAGAAAGUAAUUUUGACCAUAGUAGAAUGAUCGUGAACUGCCGGGAAGUUCCGAUGUGUAAUUUUGACUAUGCUUAUUUUGACGAUUAAUUACAGAAAUCAUCAGUGUUUUGUGAUUUUUUGGAUACUACAUACACUGACAUUUUUAUUCGCACCUGUCGGAUCCCAAUUAGUAGGAACCAUAUCUCGGUGUGAUACGGAAGGAGAAGACAUUUACAUAGAAGGAAUUACGGGUCCGUGUAUUCGGUGUUUUUGUAAGAACGGUGAAGUUCGUUGUGAAAGAGAAGUUUGUCAGAGUUUAGAAGGUUGUUACAUGAUAUUGUUUGACAACCCGUGGCAGAAGAACGAGUGUUGUGAGGUGUGUAAACGCUGCCAGUACCAGGGCAAGGCUUUUGAUAGUGGACAGUCGUGGGUAGAGGCAGAUGACCCUUGUGUUACAUUACACUGUAGGGCUGGAGUUAUAACACGAUCAGAAAUGAAGUGCUACACCCCUUGUAUGAAUCCUGUUACCACGUCUGGGCUGUGCUGUGGCUCUUGUAUAGGAUGUAAAUACCAAGGGAAGCAACUCAGUGAUGGCGAGUCUUUCACGUUAAAAUCAGACCGAUGUACAAAGUGCUUAUGUCAGAGAGGAAGCAUAGUUUGUCAAAAGCAAGCUUGUCCCGUUUUAAACUGUCCAGCUAAUGUUAUAUAUACUCCAAACGGAUCAUGUUGUGCUGCGUGUUCAGGAGAAAGAAGAAUAUUCAAUUUACCUGGUGGGCGGUGCUUCUUUCAAAAUAAAAUUUACAAAACAGGACAAUUAUUCAUGCCAGGGAACUGCACAAAAUGUACAUGUAUGGAAGGUACUGCAAUAUGUGAUAGAGAAUCUUGCCCACCUUUAACCUGUUCUCUAGAUAGAGCAUUCCAACCAAAAGAUUCCUGUUGUAAAGUGUGUCCUAGUAAAGAUCCAUGUGAAUACAAGGGUACAUAUAAACAGGAUGGACAGAAAUGGCAACCUCAUAUAUGUAUGUCCUGUUACUGUGAUGAUGGUGCCACCAGGUGUCGCAUGGAAAACUGUAAAAAUACUCUUUGGUGCCCAAUGGGCUAUAAAUUACAAUAUGUAAAAGAAGAAUGCUGUCCACGGUGCGUAGAAGUUGAGGGUGUUUGCACUGUGUAUGGGGAUCCUCAUUACCGAACAUUCGAUGGGAAAAUUUUUAAUUUCCAAGGACCAUGUAAAUACCUCUUGGCAGAAGAUGAAUCGGGUAAAUCAUUUGCUAUACGGGUCAGGAACGAGGCGAGAACAUCGCCUUGGUUCACGUGGACUAAAAUGUUAUCCAUAUUUAUAUCAGGACAUAAAGUAGGACUUCAUCAAAAACGGGUAGUAAAAGUAAACCGGAAGAGGGUACGACUUCCGUUUACAAAGUUACCUCAUUUUAAACUUUAUAGAGAGGGACAAUCCAUAGUCUUUCAAUCAAAAAUAGGUCUUAAAGUUGUUUGGGAUGGUCAUAGCUAUGUAGAAGUCACUGUUGCUAGUCGGUAUAGAACUAAAAUGCAAGGAUUAUGUGGUAAUUAUAACGGGAAUGCUGAUGAUGACAUGCGCGGAAGAGACCAGAAAGUUUACAAAAGUAGUGAGGAAUUCGGAGAUACUUGGAGAGUAGGCAGUAGGGCUGCAUGUGCGAUUGUAGACAAACAAGAGACCAAAUUACCGUCUUGUGAUACUGAAAAGCAUGCAUUAAAAAGAGCUAAAACUGAAUGUAGUACUAUUUUGGGAAGCAUGUUUACAAAGUGUCGACGCCGGGUAGACGUUGGUCCUUAUUACAGAUCGUGUAUUACGGAUAUGUGCGAUUGUCCACAAGAUCAAAUAUGUGCAUGUGAAUCAUUCAAAGCUUAUGCACAUGCGUGUUCACGAUUUGGAAUUUCCACCAAGUGGGAUGAAGAAAUAAUAUGUCCACAUCAAUGCCCAGAAGGCGCACGUUUCAAAAAAUGUACAAAGAAAUGUGAACGAACCUGUGAUAAUCCAUACACAAGGCGAAAAAUAUGUAGAGACACGUGUGCCCCAGAAUGCCUUUGUCCGAAAGGACACGUUUUGUUAAACAAGAAGUGUGUUAUGAAAAGAGACUGUCCCACGCGGUAAAACAGGAUCAAUCUAGUCUUAUAAGUCCGUCCUGCUCAAUAUGUAAUCCUUGUGAUGUGCAAUGAAUUAUUUAUGGCCAGUAAUGAUAUUCCAUUGUGUAGUACUGUGGAUUCGUUAUUAUUCGUUGGAUACCAAUUUUCAUGGGUUGUGUUGGUACAGGUGACCACGAAUUAAAAUAUGCAACGAAUUACAAAAUUUCUAUAAGCCGUGUAUACAGAGAUUGGCAAAACUACAAAAUCAAAUAUCUACGAAAAUGCAAGUUUUUCUCAAUCCACGAAAAUUGGUUACCACGAAAAUAAAUGUAUCCACAGUAAUUUAAAACCGAAUUAAUGUAGUGAUUUGAAGUCUGCAUUUACGUUCAUUUUUUUAACAUUAUUGUGCUUUUUUCAAUAACAAUUGUUUAAUGUUUCGUAAUUUAUUAUUUUCUCUUUUAAUCAAAUUCAAUACAUAUAAAAUAUGUCGUCUGAUAUACAGGUGUCAGUUUGAAAUCAUGAAACAAAUGAAGACACAAUGAUUCAUCGGAAAAAAACCAGUAUCUUUGAAUUGGUAACAUUGCAAAACACUGAGCAAGUGACGAUUUUUAAGAUACGUAUUCAACUUUUAUGUCCGAAUAACCUUUUGUCUCACGUGUACGAUCUGUUUUGUUUAUGUAUUGAAAGGUUAAAGUUUUAUCAUUGGUUUUUAAUAAAAUAAGACAAAAAAAAAACAUAUAAUGAGAUGAAUACUCUUUCAAGUGAAAAAAGAUAUUAAAAAAAAUAUGUAGAAAUAACAUUUUAGCUUUUAGUUUUUUUCCAACACAAAUGACGUUUGAAGUUGAAUCUAAAUUAAAUUGAAUUAAACUAAUCUUUUAGCUAUUCUAAUCAAAAUAUGCUCGUUAAACAUGCUGAAUUUUUAUUUCUCAGUAAAGUCCAAGAAUUAUUUAAAAUAUAAUCAUUAAAGAAGUACAAUCAGAACGAUACCUCAAGUUUACAAAUGAAUCACACCAUAAACGAAACUUUUUUUUGUCUAUAUCUUACAAAAUUAAUGUCUAACAAUUUCAUGUCAUUCCUAAGAUAGUUAUCAAAGGUAUCAGGAUUAUAAUUAAGUACACCAGACGCGCGUUUCGACUACAUAAGACUCAGCAGUGACGCUCAGACCUAAAUAGUUAUAAGCCAAAUGAGUACAAAAUUGAAGAGCAAAUGGACUUACUAGUUUUCGUUACCCAGUGGCAGAUCCAGGGGAGAGUUCCGGGGAUUGGAACCCCCCUUUUUGGCCGACCACUGCAGUUCAAUUGGGACAUAUGACCCCUCCCCCUUAUCCUGGGUUGGAACCUCCCUAUUUUAAAAUGGUUGGAUCAGCCCCCUGUUACCUAUUUGAAAGGAAAUUUGAUUCAUACAACUUGUCUCAAUUCAUAAUUUUGUGUAUUCCUUGUAUGUCUUACCUAAUAUACUCCAUGAACAGUUUUGCCAAAGUUCUUUCUAAUCAUUUUGUUUAUGUUCAGGAUUGU